CGGUUGGCCCGCACGCUCUUCCGGGUCCUGGGAGUAGGGAACCCGGACCUAAGCCCCGCCCCUCCGGGGCGGAGUCACGGCUCGCAACUGGCCUAAGUCGCCGCAGGACACCAUGAAGCAGCUGCCAAUCUUGGAACCUGGAGACAAGCCCAGGAAAGCAUCAUGGUACACCUUGACUCUCCCUGGAGACAGCCCCUGUGCUCGAGUUGGCCACAGCUGUUCGUAUUUACCCCCAGUUGGUAAUGCCAAGAGAGGGAAGGUCUUCAUUGUUGGAGGAGCAAAUCCAAACAGGAGCUUCUCAGAUGUGCACACCAUGGAUCUUGGAAAACACCAGUGGGACUUAGUUACCUGCAAGGGCCUCUUGCCCCGGUAUGAACAUGCUAGCUUCAUUCCUUCCUGCACACCUGACAGUAUCUGGGUAUUUGGAGGUGCCAACCAAUCAGGAAAUCGAAAUUGUCUACAAGUCCUGAAUCCUGGCACUCUGACCUGGUCACAGCCAGAGACACUCGGAAAUCCUCCAUCCCCCCGGCAUGGCCAUGUGAUGGUGGCAGCAGGGACAAAGCUCUUCAUCCAUGGAGGCUUGGCAGGGGACAAAUUCUAUGAUGAUCUCCACUGCAUUGAUAUAAAUGACAUGAAAUGGCAGAAGCUAAGUCCCACUGGCGCGGCUCCAGCAGGCUGUGCUGCCCACUCAGCUGUGGCUGUGGGAAAACACUUGUACAUCUUUGGUGGAAUGACUCCUGCAGGAGCACUGGACACAAUGUACCAGUAUCACACAGAAAAGCAGCAUUGGACCUUGCUUAAGUUUGAUACUUUUCUACCCGCUGGACGAUUGGACCACUCCAUGUGUAUCAUUCCAUGGCCAGUGACAUGUGCAUCUGAGAAAGAAGAUUCCAAUUCUCUCAGUCUGAACCAUGACACUGAGAAAGGGGAUUCAGCUGACACAGUAAUGACCCACAGUGGUGACUCACAUGAGGAAAGCCAGGAUGAUACACUGCUCUGUUUUGUGUUUGGUGGGAUGAAUACAGAAGGGGAAAUCUAUGAUGAUUGUAUUGUGACUGCAGUUGACUAAUAAAACCCACGUUUUCAUUACCUGUCA